AUGAGGGUCCUGGUCUUGGUCUUGGCUUGUCUACAUCUCUCAGGAGGUGUGGAAAGGAUCAUUCUGAGGAAAGGCAAGUUUAUCCACCAGACAGUGGAGGAGCAGGGCGUACUGGAGACGCUUCUGAGGCACCACCCAAAGGCUGAUCCAACCACCAAGUAUCAUUUCAAUAAUGAUGCUGUUGCUUAUGAGCCCAUUACCAACUACAUGGAUUCUUUCUACUUUGGAGAGAUCAGCUUUGGGACAUCACCCCAAAAUUUCCUAGUCCUCUUUGACAGGGGCUCCUCCAAUCUGUGGGUGCCCUCCAUCUAUUGCCAGAGCCAAGCCUGCUCCAGUCACAACAGGUUCAACUCCAGCCUGUCCUCCACCUUCAGAAAUAAUCGGCAAACCUAUACACUGCCCUAUGGGAGUGGCAGCCUGAGUGUGUUCCUGGGCUAUGACACCGUGACUGUUCAGAACAUCAUCAUCAAUAACCAGGAGUUUGGCCUGAGUGAGAAUGAGCCCAGUGACUCCUUCUACUACUCAGACUUUAACGGGAUCCUGGGAAUAGUCUACCCAAACACGGCAAUGGGGAAUACCCCAACAGUGAUGCAGGGGCUGCUGCAGCAGGGUCAGCUCACUCAGCCCAACUUCAGCUUCUGCUUCAGCCAGUGA